AGGAGGAGAAUGGGAGGGGUGUUAGUGACGGCAGGACGCGGUUCCCGCCCACUCCCGCGUCUGUCCCUGCGGCCGAGCACGAGACACGCGCCACGCGGUGGGGCACGCCGGCAAAGCCAAUCAGAGAGCAGGCUCCGUGCACGCACAAUCACAGGGGGCCGGCGUGCACGGUACUGCCACGCACUCACAAUCUACAAGUGCACUCACACAACUACAGGCACACGCGCAGACUACAAGCACAUAGUACAACUACAGGUACAAGUGCUCUCACACACGCAGACUCCAGGCCGUCGUGGACACUCUUAGUCUGACCUCUACCCUUUGACCCGUCGGGUAUGGGCGGCCCUGCCACGCUAAAGCAGAAAGCCCUGACUCCAGCCAACGUAGCUCCCCGGGUCACUGAGGCACAAGGCCGUGGUCCCCUUGCAGGUCACACACUAACUACGAGGACACACAUUCGCCGGAGAGCUACAGGUUCUUGUGAACGCUCGAACUCCAGAUGCAAACAGAAACUACAGGCGAACACAUUCGCACAAACUGCAGGCACAGAAAGAGUACAGGCUCUACCGCCCAUCCAGACACACACACACUCACUCUACAGGUACAUGCUUACACAGAAACUACAGGCGAACACAUUCGCACAAACUGCAGGCACAGAAAGAGUACAGGCUCUACCGCCCAUCCAGACACACACACACUCACUCUACAGGUACACGCUUACACAGAAACUACAGGCGAACACAUGCGCACAAACUGCAGGCACAGAAAGAGUACAGGCUCUACCGCCCAUCCAGACACACACACACUCACUCUACAGGUACAUGCUUACACAGAAACUACAGGCGAACACAUUCGCACAAACUGCAGGCACAGAAAGAGUACAGGCUCUACCGCCCAUCCAGACACACACACACUCACUCUACAGGUACAUGCUUACACAGAAACUACAGGCGAACACAUGCGCACAAACUGCAGGCACAGAAAGAGUACAGGCUCUACCGCCCAUCCAGACACACACACACUCACUCUACAGGUACACGCUUACACAGAAACUGCAGGUGCAUGGGUACACCAAAAACUACCAGCACACAAGGACGACAGGCACACGCGCGCACCCCAAACUACAGCGUGCGCACAAACAAAAGCUGGAGAUGUCACAAUCAGAGAGUACAAGUGAAGGAAUCGUCUGCUUACAGACACGUCCGCGCCGGGAUGGACGAGAGGCCGGAGAGGGACUCCGCCCGUCUCUGCCCGAGCGACAGGAAGAAACGGCGUCGCGGUCAGACGCUUCGCGAUGCCAGCGAGCCGGGUUCAAUCCCCGCCGCUGCCCGCUGGAGGGUUUGUAUGUUCUCUCCCUGUGACCGCGUGUCAGGAGGUUAAUCAGUCCCUGUAAAUUGUCCCGGAGUUCGGCGAGGAUUUGGAAAGCGCAAGGGCCUGGAAGGGCCCGUGCCGGGGCCCUAAGUCGGAGUGCUUCCGGGCUUCGGGCGUGCGUAUGGGGGUGGGGGGGGAAUGAGUCACUGCUUUUGUUGU